AUGGAAAAAAAAUUUGCGAAAGAACUCUGGACACUAUUGAUGGAGGUACUACCGCGAUAGAGAUGGUUUUUGGAAGUGGUAGUGGUUGUAGUGGGACAAACAAGAGAAAGGAGAAGACGAAGAGCUUAAACCUCUGCAUCUGUGGACCAAUCAUGCUUUUAUUUUUGCGGGACUAACACGAAGUACUCGUACUACUUACUCAUACUUAUUUAGAACUGCAAGAAUUCAAUCUCAACGUCAACCAUAGUAAGUCCAUCUUACCAAAAAUCAACACCUCUCAAACUCAAUACCGCCUUCCACCAGUUAACCCUUCCGAAUUCGGAAUCUCUACUGCUCGACCUCUUCAAGUUUAUGCAGUCGCUUGCUUCAGGAGAUCCCUUGCCUGGUAGUUUUUUCGCCAUGCUCGACCGGCUCAAGAGAGAUUGGCGUGCAGCGUUGUUCGCAACGGAACGCGUUCUGCUAUCACAAAAUGCAGAACAGAUCAAAAACGCGAUGGAAAGGUUAUGGCACUACAAGCAUGUAUAAGUACUGGCUUUUAGUAGAUGUGGAUGGUCAUAGGCACAUUCAUUCAUUCAUUCAUUCAUAGUCUUCAGGUACUUACCGUUAUUCCGAAUAUUUCGACUUCCUUUAAAAGGGAUCCGAAUCGGACUUCUCCUGUUCCGUCUCCUUGUCCCUCUCCCCCUGCCAGUCCUGCUGCUUUCUAACAGUAAAAGUCGAUAACGUGUCGUCUUUGAAGCCUGCGGCGAUUCUGACGACUUACAAGGCUCAAAAUCUGGAAGCCCACAAAUCGCAGGCGCUUUUGGCCUAUCUCACGGAUGUUCACGACUGCGACCUCCAUAUAGUGGAAAGAUGGACGACCGCACUGGCACAGGUAUGUGUACCGUCCUGCUCUCGUUGGGUUGUUGGAGUUGUUCUUCUAGUAAGUAUGUUGCUUGGGGUUUUUUAGAGAUUUCUCUUUUUCUUAUAGAUACGAUUCUAUCUACUUUCAUCACAUCUUCCAUGUCCAUCGUUUUUUUUCAAUCAACCCUACGGUAUUUGUAUUAUACCUACGUACAGAAUCAUUCCGAUAAGCAAAACGUUUCUUGGAGUGGUAUCGCUCUUAAGUUGCAGACCCAAUUGGACCAGUCCGCGCAACAGCGUGAAGCGAUGCAAAAACGUAAAGUUAGGGGUAGUUUUUCACUAUGCACCCAUGUGGCCUAUGCUGAGUGGCGCUUCCCUUGAUUUAGAGGGAAAAUAAGGGGGGCGCAGGACAUCCCGAUCGACUCGGUAUAGUGAAAAACUACCGUUAAUAAAGAGGCGCUAGAAGACGCUUCCAAAACACAAAGAGAGGAGCUCGGAACACAACUAGGUGGUCUGUCGGACGGAAAGAAGGAAGUACAAGUCUUAUGGCGAGGACAAAACGUGAACCUACUUCAUGGUCAGUAUCAAAUUCGGAAGUACCUCUACGUACGACUACCUACAACUACAAGUAAGUACACCUGCUCUCCCGUCACAAAGUAGUACCUCUGCAUCCUCUAACAGUAAGAGUAGACGCUUUAGAAAAAGAGAAGGUUGAGUUGGAAGCGAAGCUGCAGACGAUCAACACGGAAUUGUCUGAGUUGAAGGCUCAGGUCGGCCGUGUGGAGAACUCGGAGCAUGCGCUAAAGAGGGAAACUGAGAACGCUUUAGUCUUCUACGUUAAGGCGACCGCUAAAGCAUCCUCAACGGCACCCUUGGCUUUGGCCCGUUUUGUUUCUACUUGAAAAAGCUUCUUCUACAUUUAGAUUUACUUCAAGAACAGGGUUGUACGGGUAGUUAGUGAUUUUUGAUGUACUUAAUUUCACGUAUCUAGUUGAAAAUAACGAAGCCAAGGUAGGAGGCACUAAGGGAUGCAAACGCGCUUGCUCUAACGACGAAGAAAACCUGGUGGUUCUUAAAAAACAGGAAGCUCUGGCUAUGAGGGAAAAGACGAUGCUGGAACAGAUGAAACUCACCUGCGAAAGGGGCGGCGAGAUUCAGGUUUUUACUUUUCUGUGUUGCUCAGCACUUGUUGCAAGCAGGUUGCAUGUAGUUGGAAGGUUGGUAUUAUAGACAUGUUGCGCAGUUGCGCAGCACUUGUAAGGUUGCAUGUAGUUGGAAGGUUGGUAUCUAAAUUAUAGACACUUACAAACGUACAACUAUUAUGGUUCGUCUUCCCCCAUUACCGCGUCGACUUUCCCCAAUCACUCCACCCCUACACACAUGACACAACUACAGAUCUCUUACCUCCGUUCCGCCAUCGAAGGCCAAAAGAAGCUCGCGGAAGAGGCUUAUGCUGCGUUGAAAGCUGAAGGGCUUCGACAUUUUGACUUGGAGGCUGUGCGACUACGGACAGCCAUGACGUUGGUCGAGCAAAGCUGUGUCGUAUUCCAGGAAUGCAAAUUUGCGGUGGUUAGGGCCUCUUUGGACUAGUAAUUCGAAUUUGGAAGUUUUCCUGUUGUAAUCUACUCAACAUGUAGAUUCUAGAUGUAGUAGAUGUACAUUUUGUCUUGCUGGCAGUGGAAUCGUACUGUCUAAGACGCAAAUAAAUGAAAACAUCACGACUGGGCAGUGGGCCUAUGUAUAGUCCUUACUUUCUUCUCACCUAAAUUCCAAGCACGUCCGUUAUAUUUAGUGCUAUCUUGUUUAGCACCAUCGAUCCUCUGUCUGAGUCUUCUUUCUCACGUACCAGUUGUCCGGUGGAAGAGGUAGGUUGGGGCUCUAAUCUUUGCCAAACUGGAGGGGGCCUUUCUUCAUCCGGGCUAGAACAAGGCACUAGUACGAACUCGAGCCCUGGCACCACAGGACAUGAGCAAAGGGAGUUAGAGCGAUUGAAGCAGCAGAAGCUUCGGGACUCCUUGAUGGAAGUAAAGCGCGCGGUGCUGUUGCGAGACCGGUGUAAGGCAGAAGUGGACGCGUUUUUGACGAAAUACAAAUCUAGAUUACUACAAGAGGAGAAAACCAAGGUGGCGCAAUUGCUGGAGGAGUGGCAGAAGCACCAAGCAAAACACGAGAAACUACUGACGGAAGACGAGGCGCUUCGAUCUUUUUUAACCACGAACAAAGCUACAACUGGUACUACUCCCUGUCCCUCGGGAGGAGAACAUCAGUAUCUUCAAUAUCAACAUCCAGCACGUCACCAGACAUCAAAUAACGUUGAUGCAAGAACUUCUUCUUCUGGAGAAACUGCCCUAAAUCAGAUGGCAUCAAAGUCAGAGGCUGUGAUGGGUAACCUCACGUCCGCGUUUUCAGCGACAGGAAGUUUCUUGGGCAAGUUGCGCGAUGAAAAUUUUCCACCACUGCCACCAGAAGGAGGUGGGAAAGCAGUACCAGAAAAGAACACCUCAUCUACUACAAGUAAAGGCGUACUAGCAGGAGGCUUGUUUGACCAAUUUUCAAGCGACAUCAACACCUUGUUCUUCAGUAGUCCAGCACCGUCUCCUUCAGGAGCAGAAAAAGUAGGUUCAGUUAAUACAGCAACUACGAGUGGUGCUGCUGGUGCUAGUGCAGCAGGUGGGACAAAACUAUUUGAUACAUCUGGAACCGCUACUGGAAGAACAAAAACCACUAUCCCCGCAACAUCAGAACCUAUACCCGUACGAGAAAAUGCACCAGCACCUUCUAGCUCUGGCCCAGUAGAAUUUCAUUCUAUGGCCACUCCAGAGAAUAGCCCUGCAGCCGCAACGAGUCAAGAACAAACAUUCGCGCCUUUCGCAGCGGCCGCUGAUGCAGCUGGGAAAACUACUGCAGCUGCCAGCAAUGUUGAAGUUCCAACAGUAACUCCAACACCAACUACUGGUGAAUCUAGUACAACUACAGUUGUAGCUCCACCAGUUGCAACAGCAACAGUUGUAACAACUACAGCAGCAGGAGCAGUUUCUUUCAAAACAGCUACACAAGCUCCUCCUCCAGCUGGUGCCUCAGCACCAACCGUACCUGGAGCAGCACCUACCGCAGCUCCAGUAGCCAAAAAAGCAGAUGAUGACGAUGAUAUAUUCGCGAUGUUUGAAGCGGAUUUGGGCCUCGACAGUAAGCCCUUCGCCCCACCAGCACGCAUCAAUGCGGACGCGGAAUAAAGAGCGGAGGCGCGGCUACUAUAAAUUGGAACAAUUAUACUGGCCAUAAUAGCAGGAAUGAAUACUUUUGCUACCAUAAAUUGGAAAUGGUGCUGACGUAGAUGUAUGUUUCAAAACAGCAUCACGAUUAGAAAUCUAAAUCUUCACUACAUGUACAUUGAUUUGCUGCUAAUGAUCUUGCUGUAGAUUUCAAGACAAGAAAGAAUAAGAACUUCUAGCUACCUUAAGUUGCAGCUUUGAUAGAGAGACUCCGAGAUCAUCUUCAUCAAGACCAACUCCUGUAUGUAUACGUGUGCGUGUAAAAGGUGUUGUCACGACAACAUACCAGCACCACCUUGGAGGAUACAAGUACAACCGAUGGUCGUACCAAACAUCGACGCAGUCCUCUUGAUAUUCGAUGCAUGAGGAACAGUUCUCUGAUUCUGAUGAAAACAAGUUCG